CUAGGUAGUAAGAAGAGCCGCCUCCAAGAUGCUCCCAGAGUGGCUCCUCUUCAGGUGUGUGAAGUCCGUUUGGAAGCUUCCUUUUUCCUGAGCACCUCCCAGACUGUCUUCGUGCUGGAGGUGUGCCAGGUAGGAUGAGGUUGCAAUAAGGGCAACCCACCCCUGAAGGGAACCCCGCCCGUAGCCAGCAGAGCCUCACUGAUUAGAGCUUAAGUCAGUAAAGAGAUUUCAGCUGAGGCUGGUACCAAAUCUGUCUCUGUGGCUGCUGAAUGCUGAGGCCUGGGUGGCCAUAGGACUUGCCAGUAUCUCUGUCAGGUGGGGGUAGGAAAGUUAUUCUUGGAUGUGCUAGGGUAGAGUUUCAGAUUUGUUUAUCCUUGUAGGAGGCACCUUGGGGCCAGGAGAGAGGCAUCCAGCUCUGCACUGGCAUUCAGAUCACCUGGCUUGGAGGGGCCCCAGAUUCCCUUGUCUUGCUGUGCUAUGCAUUCGGGGCACAGCUGUAUUUCUUCUAGGAAAUUUGGGGAAAGGUUAACCAGAGUACAGUGGUCCUCAACAAGUCCAGGCCAAUGAGCAUACUGGCUAACACUGAAAUACACUUCACACCAACUGGCCUGGUGGUUGUGCGGGCCAGAGUCAGUACUAUUAAUAUCUGGUGCAUGAGCCCUAACUGGGUGAUCCUCUUAUACAUGUGGCAUUGGCCUCUGAGACUAACAUUGUGUUCCCUUAGUGCAGUAGGGCUCCUGGGGCCACCUAGGUGCUGUUCCCCACUCCCUGUAUAUAGUAAGCUACUGCUGCCAGCCUAGGGGUCCAACCCCACCCAGCUCUUCUGCUGUGCUGCCCACAGGAGUGAUUCUACCCAUGGAAGACUAGUCCAGGUGGCCAGAAAUCCCAGGCUUGUCCUUGGGGACAACAGUAGUUCUAAGAGGUAGUGAUACUCUAACUGCUAGCACCUAGACCACACAUGCCCUACCAUCCCACUGUCCAGGGACACCCACCUCUGAGCCCUCUGUACCUACCUGCAUCCUUGGCAAUGAGCAGCCCCCUAGCUUACCCUGGCAUCAGGAUCUCAGGGUGCUGGACUCUUGGAGCAGAAGGCAGCAGCAACGCAGGGUCCUUGGACAGACUACUCCCACCAGUGGGAACUGGGCGCUCACCCCGGAAGCGCACCACCAGCCAGUGCAAGUCAGAGCCACCCCUGCUUCGCACAAGCAAACGUACCAUCUACACAGCCGGGAGGCCACCGUGGUACAAUGAACAUGGCACGCAGUCCAAGGAGGCCUUUGCCAUUGGCUUGGGAGGUGGCAGUGCAUCUGGGAAGACCACUGUGGCCAGGAUGAUCAUUGAAGCUCUAGAUGUGCCCUGGGUGGUCCUGCUGUCCAUGGAUUCCUUCUAUAAGGUUCUGACGCAGCAGCAGCAGGAACAGGCUGCCUGCAACAAUUUCAACUUUGACCACCCUGAUGCCUUCGAUUUUGAUCUCAUCAUUUCCACCCUCAAGAAACUAAAGCAGGGCAGGAGUGUCCAAAUACCCAUCUAUGACUUUACUACGCAUAGCCGGAAAAAGGACUGGAAAACACUAUAUGGUGCAAAUGUCAUCAUCUUUGAAGGUAUCAUGGCCUUUGCUGACAAGACACUGCUAGAGCUCCUAGACAUGAAGAUCUUUGUAGACACAGACUCUGAUAUCCGACUGGUACGGCGGCUACGGCGGGACAUCAGUGAGCGAGGCCGGGACAUUGAGGGUGUCAUUAAGCAGUACAACAAGUUUGUCAAGCCUGCUUUUGAUCAGUACAUCCAGCCCACCAUGCGCCUGGCAGACAUUGUGGUACCCAGAGGGAGUGGGAACACAGUAGCCAUUGACCUGAUCGUGCAACAUGUUCACAGCCAGCUGGAAGAGAGGAAGCUGCGUUGGGAUAUGGCCGCGCUGGCCUCAGCUCACCAGUGCCAUCCCCUUCCCCAGACACUGAGUGUCCUCAAGAGUACACCCCAGGUACGAGGCAUGCAUACCAUCAUCAGGGACAAGGAGACUAGCCGGGAUGAAUUCAUUUUCUACUCCAAAAGAUUGAUGAGGCUGCUUAUUGAACAUGCGCUGUCCUUCCUACCCUUCCAGGACUGCACUGUACAGACCCCACAGGGGCAGGACUACGUGGGAAAGUGCUACGCUGGAAAGCAGAUCACCGGAGUGUCCAUUCUGCGUGCAGGGGAAACCAUGGAGCCUGCGCUGCGUGCUGUGUGCAAGGAUGUGCGCAUCGGCACUAUCCUCAUCCAGACCAACCAGCUCACAGGGGAGCCCGAGCUCCACUACCUGAGACUCCCCAAGGAUAUUAGUGAUGACCAUGUGAUCCUGAUGGACUGCACAGUAUCCACAGGUGCUGCAGCCAUGAUGGCUGUGCGUGUACUCCUGGACCAUGAUGUGCCUGAGGACAAGAUCUUCUUGCUGUCCCUACUCAUGGCAGAGAUGGGUGUGCACUCUGUGGCCUAUGCUUUCCCACGUGUGAGAAUCAUCACCACAGCUGUGGACAAGCGUGUCAACGACCUUUUCCGUAUCAUCCCAGGCAUCGGGAAUUUUGGUGAUCGCUACUUUGGGACAGAUGCAGUUCCCGAUGGCAGUGAUGAGGAAGAGACAGCUUCUGUGGGUUAGUUCCCAGUCUGAGCUACCCUUACUUCUCUAUCCUGCCUCCUGGAUUGCAGACAGCAUAUUAACUUAUUUGAAUUAAAAACUGUUACCAAUGAUACUCAGUUUUCACAUUUUAUAAAAUAAAUAAAGCUUCAGAAAAUGAA